AUGCAGACAUACUUUUUUAAUUUUACGCCAACUUACACUAAUCGGAAAAGUCUUUUCACUACUGGCAGAUGUGAAAAAUCGAUUAAAUAUCAUGGCGCUUAUACAUAAGUGGUGUAAUGUGCAGUGGCACCGUCAUUCUAUCGACUAGUCGUGGAGAAGUACACAGGUCUUAUUUAUAGUCUUCUAAAUGUUUGGUUGGAUUUCAGAUGUCGAAGAAAGCUUUGACGAUGGAUGUAAAUUCAGAUGAAAUGAAAAAGAGUGGAUCACGGUUCCAAGUCGCUCGGGUUGAUUCUAAAGAUGAAGAUGCUCGAGAGAGUAAUGACAUCGAAACAAACGAAUCGAUCUCCAAGCAUUCUAGCCGUAAAAAGUCGCCGGAUCACAAGAAAUCUGCAAACUUACCAAAUAUUGAUACGACAACACCCGUUAGUACCAGUAAUGAUGGUCGAGUGGACUUCAGUAUUUGUCCGGAAUCUCCCUGUGCCACAUUUUCACUCAGUGGGGAUUCCAUGAGGAGCAGAGGUUCCAUUGAGUAUACCAAAACGAAUUGUGUUAUGAAUACUAUUGAAGCACUGCCAUGUGUAGACCACUACAGAAACAUAUUUUCGGCCACAGGAGGUAACCUUAAAGUCAGACCAACACUUGCUGAGUUGCACGAAGAAUUGGAUGACGAUGAGAUCCGAUGUAUUCGUAAAGAAGGGGGCGGGAACUAUGAAGGCUCGGCACUGGACAUACUGAAUCAAGGGGAGAAAGUCAUCACUGCAAACCCUGUCCGAUUUGGCUGGAUCCAAGGCGUAUUGAUACGAUGUAUUCUCAAUAUAUUUGGUGUCAUGUUGUUCAUACGUCUGCCCUGGGUAGUGGGCGAGGCUGGCAUCAUUCAGGCCGUUCUCAUUGUCCUGUUGUCCAGUGUAGUGACCACCAUCACGGCCAUCUCCAUGACAGCCAUUUGCACCAACGGAGAAGUCAAAGGAGGUGGUGCCUAUUACAUGAUUUCCAGAAGUCUUGGUCCAGAGUUUGGUGGCGCUAUAGGUAUCAUCUUCUCAGUGGCCAAUGCUGUUGCUGUAGCUAUGUAUGUAGUUGGCUUUGCAGAGUCUGUCAGGAACAUUUUGGUGGAUCAAGAUUGUGUGAUGACAGAUGAAACGAAUGACAUGCGUAUCAUUGGGAGCAUCACUAUCACAGUUCUGCUUGGAAUAGCCAUUGUUGGCAUGGACUGGGAAGCUAGGGCUCAAGUUGUCCUUCUGGUCAUCCUGACUUUGGCCAUUCUCAAUUUUGUUGUAGGGCUGUGUAUACCUCCAAGCGCCAAGCAGAUGUCUCGAGGUUUCCUUGGUCCUAAAGCUGCCUUUGAAGACAAUCUAUUCAGUGACUACGAAGAUGGUUACAAUUUCUUCAAAGUGUUUGCAGUCUAUUUCCCAGCAGCCACUGGAAUACUAGCUGGAGCCAACAUCUCAGGGGAUUUGAAGGAUGCUUCCAAGUCAAUUCCAAAAGGCACAUUCCUGGCUAUAUUUAUCACCACUAUUGUUUAUCUUCUGAUUGCUGUCUUCUCUGGAAUGUUUGUCCUGCGUUAUGCCAAUGGCAUCGUCUUGGAGUCUGCCACUGCCACCAAUGUCACUGACAUAGUGAAUAAUUCCACUGGACAGUUCCUUGCUUCACUACUCAGUACUAGCACUGUGGCCAACACUAAUAAGGAUAGUAUACUUGUGAAUACGUCCUAUUUAGUCAAACCUACUGCACCCACUCUAGAAAAAGUGUUCACACUUGAAGAGUACAGCUAUUCCAGAGAAUUUGUUAGUAACUGUUCCCUGAUUCCAGAAGGAUGUAAAUAUGGUCUGAUACCUUCUAAGCAGGUUGUAGAAAUGGCAGCUGCUUGGGGUCCAUUGAUUCUAGCUGGCAUCUUCUCUGCUACUUUGUCAUCAGCUCUUGCCAGUUUAAUGUCUGCACCAAAAGUAUUCCAGGCUCUAUGCAAAGACAAAAUUUUUCCUUUCCUGGGAUACUUUGGAGUUGGCUACGGUGCUAAUGAUAAUCCUAGAAGAGCUUUCAUCUUAUGUUUUGUGAUUGGUUUUGCCUUUCAGUUAAUGGCUGACCUAGAUAGAAUUGCUCCUCUUAUCUCAAAUUUUUUCCUCAUGUCCUAUGCACUCAUCAACUUUUCAUGUUUUGAUGCUUCAAUAGCCAACUCACCUGGUUGGCGUCCAUCCUUUAGAUUCUACAGUAAGUGGCUAAGUUUGGGUGGAGCUCUCCUUUGUGUUGGGGUCAUGUUUAUCAUAGAGUGGUAUACAGCACUCAUCACUUUUGGUUGUGUGGCGGCCAUGUUUUUGUAUGUGCAUCAUCGUAAGCCAGAUGUCAACUGGGGCUCCUCAACUCAGGCUCAUGUUUAUAGAAGUUUGUUACAGUCUGCCUUGAAACUUGUCAGGAUAGGGACUCAUGUCAAGAACUUUAGGCCACAGGUGCUAGUUUUGUCUGGUGAACCAGAGGCUCGCCCCACGCUGGUAGAUUUCUGCACCCACAUCACCAAGAAGAUGGGUUUGAUGGUUUGCGGGAAUGUCAUCAUUGGUAAACAAGGGGACAAUCUGCGCAAGAUACUUUCCGACGCUCCCUACCAGUAUUUCUUCCGCAGGCACAUUCGAUCUUUUUAUUCUGUUGCAACAGCCUCAACGUUUCAGCUUGGUGCCCAGGCACUCAUGCAGAAUGUUGGGAUUGGAAAAUUCCGUCCAAACUUAUUAAUUCUUGGUUUUAAGUCUAAUUGGCAAGUUGACAAUCCAGAAAAUGUCCAGCAGUAUUUGGAAGUGAUUCAUGAUGCCUUUGACCUGAGACUUGGUGUAGGAAUUCUUCGAGUCAAGGAAGGUUUUGGUCUUGACAUAGAAACAAAUUUGUCCAUGUUUCAUCAAGAUCCUGAAGAAGAUCAAAGUGAUGAUGAAACUCCCCAAGGAUCCCCCUCAGAGGUCGCUGGCAACCAGGACGAAUCUACCGCAGCUAAGCAACAGAGCAAUGGCCAGUCUGUGGAAGUUGAAGAGAGCAGCAGAACCCAUGAUCAUGACGAUGAACUAGGUCGAGGGGAAGGUCCAGAUCCAUUGAUCAAUCCUCUCUUAUUGGCGAAGUUGAACACACAGGUUUUAAAAACUAUGAACAUAUUUCGUAACAAAGAGAAAGGAACUAUUGACGUCUGGUGGCUUUUUGAUGAUGGAGGUCUGACUUUGUUAUUACCCUACAUUCUAACCACUAAACCUUACUGGAGAAACUGUCGACUUCGUGUGUUUGCAGCUGGCACCAGACGAGGGGACUUGGGAUAUGAACAGAGACAAUUGGCGACAUUGCUGGCCAAGUUUAGAAUCGACUGUAAGGAUAUGACUGUGUUACCUGAAAUCAACAAGAAGCCAAGUGAAGAAAGUGUAAGGCUGUUUAAUUCUUACCUGGCCAACUGGAAGCUAGACCCACACAAAGGUGAAACCAAGACAAAAUUCCCCUGGAAAACAACAGACGAUGAGUUGGAAUUAUUGAAAGAGAAGACUCAAAGACAAAUCCGCCUGAGAGAACUUCUGCUAGAAAGAUCCAAAGAUGCAGCUCUGAUAGUCAUGACUCUGCCUAUGCCUCGUAAGAGCACCUGUCCUGCAGGACUCUACAUGUGCUGGAUUGACACCUUGACAAGAGACAUGCCACCAAUACUUCUUGUCCGAGGCAACCAAGAGAGCGUCCUGACAUUCUACUCCUAAAUACAGGCAUCAUUCUUCUGUCGCCUGUUAACAUCUUUAGUAAGCUGCACAUGUAGACAGAUGUCAAGAACAGAGACAAGUUUGUGUUGUAGAAAUGAGUACACGGUCAAGGUCUCUAGUCAAUACUCUUGUUGUCUUGUUAUGUCUUGCUAUCUAUUUAUUUAUUUCUAAAGUCCAAAGUGAUCCUGAAUUCCAUGAGGGACACUCUUGCUUGUAUUCACUCUGUCCACUCUGCAAACUUUCAUGUUCCUCUUUUUAUAUGUAGAAGUUAAUCCAUACCAGAGUCUAUUGUCUUGAAUAGCAUACAGUCCACAGUAAUUAUAGCAAAGAAAAAUAUCAAGGUUUAGCUUGAUCCUUCUUUGUCUAAACGCUUGAUAAACUAGUAUCAUCAUAUGUCUAAAUCAAUUUACAAAAAUGUUUGGGCCCACCAAAAGAACAUUAGACUUCAUAGAGAAAUGUUUCUUAUAUAUUUAAACCAAUUUCUAAUACAGCCGUGUCAGAGCUGAGAGGCCAUAUAUAGACUGAGGGUCUAUGUUGGGGCAGUGGUUUGGAGUAGAAAUUUAAAAUUAAACCCAAUGUUCUAGAUGAAGUCAAAAGACAAGAAAAUUGGCCUGUGGACUUUUUGGGGCCAACGUUUAUAGUGUUUGUUUUUGUGUGUGUAUUUGAAAAGAUUUGAUGUGGUUAGUGCUAGCACUGGGGCCUUAUUGAAUUGUGUAUUGUCCAUAGACAUCUAUUGACUUGAUUCCAUUUGUUGAUAUACAUCUCUGGUUGGUGUCCUAAAGCAAUGCUUUGAUUUCAUACUGCCUCAUACAUUUACGUAUACUUGUCUUUGAUCUGUUCUUGUUUUAAUGGGCAGAAAUGUUGGCCUUGAACUAAAGUAACAUUUCUUUUGGAAAAGUGACAGGGUAGAAGUGUUUCUAUUUUUAUAGAAAAAAAUUCAGCAAUUUGAUAGUAAUAUUUUUUUUGGUGUCAGAUGUUGAUGUAAUUUUUUGGUCAGCUUUUUUUUUUUUUUUUUUUUUAGUUUUUGUUGUUGAUCUUUUGUUCAAGGUCAUUGCAUUAGUUUCCGUGUUCAGGUCAAUGUUAGACCAUGACUCCAUGUGUUGUAUAGACUAAUUCACCAUGACUCCAAGUUUUGAAUAUAUUAAUUGACCAUGACUCCAUGUUUUGAGUGGAUUAAUUUACCAUGACUCCAUAUGUUGUUUAGACUUAUGGAUCAUGUUUCUAUGUCUUCUUUAGACUAAUUAACUGUGACUCAAUGUUUUGUAUAGACUAAUUGACUGUGACUUCAUGUGUUGUAUAGACUAAUUGACUGUGACUCUGUGUAUUGUAUAGACUAAUUGACUGUGGCUCUGUGUAUUGUAUAGACUAAUUGACAGUGACUCUGUGUAUUGUAUAGGCUAAUUGACAGUGACUCUGUGUAUUGUAUAGACUAAUUGACAGUGACUCUGUGUAUUGUAUAGACUAAUUGACAGUGACUCUGUGUAUUGUAUAGACUAAUUGACUGUGGCUCUGUGUAUUGUAUAGACUAAUUGACAGUGACUCUGUGUAUUGUAUAGACUAAUUGACAGUGACUCUGUGUAUUGUAUAGGCUAAUUGACAGUGACUCUGUGUAUUGUAUAGGCUAAUUGACAGUGACUCUGUGUAUUGUAUGGACUAAUUGACAGUGACUCUGUGUAUUAUUGUAUGGACUAAUUGACUGUGACUCGAUUAUGUUUUAAAGACUGAUUUAUUUCUUGUAUUUCAAUUUGUGAUAUUACAAAACAAAAGAUUAUUAUCAAAGGGACUUCAUUCUUUACACAAUUUAUACCAAAUUUUUUAUUUUCUGUGACAAUUUUUGUUUCCCCUGACAAGAUUUUAUUCAUUUAAAUUGUCCUGAAAAUUUUUUUGUUUGUUUUAGCUUUUUAAAAGAAUUUUUACAAAACCAUUGAAUUUAUUUUAAGAUAAACUUUGAUCAGCUAAAAAGUAUUUUGACUAAGGGUUUUAAGUUUUUUUCCACUGGCUGCAUUGAAUUUUCAAUUGUUUAUAUUUUUACACAAAAUUCUCAGAGGUUUGAAGAAACCAGUUAGCUGGUUGAUCUGUUGACUAAAACUAAUGCAUUUGUUUAAAAAGUUAAUCAUUUGUUACUAAUGUAAAUAUUUACUGUUUAUGAAUCUCUUCAUCAAAUUGUUGUUUUUUGUGUCUAGUCAAAUGGCUAAUUGUAGAGUCUCUGUUUAAUGGGACAUAUUGUUGACUUUAGGUGAGCCUGGUUCUUAUUUUUAUUUAGCUGAAAAGUGUUUGGUUUGUAUUUUUUUUUGUCAGCGCCAGGUGUUUUUUUUAAAGCAAAAUCAUUUUCAAUAUUUUGUAUAAUUCAAGCGGCACCUUGAUUAUUCAUAUGUUAAAAUUCUAUCAAUUAAAACAGAAAAUUAAUGACACAAUGUAUUAUUACCAGAGACAUUUGGUAAAAAUUUAUAGGCCCUGUGUAGAGCCAAAAACACCGAGAACUCAUUUUAGUAUCUUAAAAAUUCACUUCAUUUUGUUAGUCACAUUCUGUAUGUGUGUAUGUAUGUUAUGCAUACAAGUAUUCUGUAGAAUGCUGUAUAUAGCACUGGCCUAUGUAGUUGACUGUAUUCUCCAAGUAAUCCAGUACAUGUGUACACACAUUUUGUUGUAAGUAUUAUUUCAUUAGUUGAUAUUUUAUUUUUUUCAGUAUUGCAGAAUCUCACUGACCUACGUGAAAUAUUUACAAAUUGAGUAAUUAUUUUAAAAAACUGGAUCCUAGCAUGCAUGUAUCAACUAAGUGGAUUUCAACUAGAUUCAAAUUUAAUGAGGAAAAAAAAAUCAAUUAGGCUUGUUUCUUAUACAUAAUAGAUCUUUUUUUUUUAUUAACUGACAAAAUAAAGGAGAACUAAAGGGACAUGACUACAGGGAAAGUCCUUUGAUGUUUAGUUUUUGAUUUAAAAGGUAGCACCAACUAUCUGACUCUCCAUUCUGCUAAGUGUUCAACAUUUGUUUUGUUGAAUUUUUGUUUUAGAAUUUCACAUUUUUUAUUGAACAAAUUGUUGUCAAACUUUUCUUUCAAAUCUGCCAUGACCAUUUAGCUGCCAAAUGAUUGUAGCCAUUGGAGAGAUUGGUAGCUACAGAUAGCACUUGUUUUGUUUACUUUGGCCAGCAUAAGUUGUCUUUCCUUCUGCAUUUAUAUUGAUUUUGACUAUCAAUACUACUAGAUCUACAUUAAAACAAUAAGCUACUGGUUGUAUUGAACCAGAGUCUAGAACGUCAAAUUAGGAGCAAAUAUUUAUUUGCUGUGUCACAAAUAGUUGGACUUAUUUUUUGUAAGAAAAAAACAUUUGGCUCUUAAACUCAUUUCAGAUUUGUCCAACUUGAUGCAGCCCUGUAAUUUAUUGUUGCUAUUGGUGUAGACUAAAGCCUACCUUGCUAGUGAAACUCUUUGUCUAACACUAUCAAGUCUGUUACUCUACAUGACAUUGAGAUUCUUUGACAUGCAGCCCUCCAUCCAAAACAUUUUCUCCUGUAUAUGGAAAAACUUGUUUGUCUUCUAUGUCCACAACCAACACAUUUGUGUCCAAGAGAAUCAAUUUUGUUUUCAUCCAUCAGUCUUAGUACAUGACUGAAGCUCAGAAGUAGUUAUCAAUGUUGAGACUUUGAAGUCACCAUUGCAACAGUUACUAUAGUGAUCUACACCUGAAAUAAAGUUGACACCCCCCCCCACCCCCCCUCACUUUGGUCAUCAAAGAAAAUGUCUGUUUCAAGUAUCCACCAUGUUUGUUUGUGCUGUCAGGUCUGCUGGGACUUCCUCAGCUGGAGCUUGUAUCAUUUUAUAGUCAUUCCAAAAUGUUUAGGCAAUCAUGAUUGAUAGUUUUCCUUGUAUUUUAUUCAUGAUUGUUUAUAGAAUUUAGUUUAAAUGUGUUUAUACUAUUUAUGUGUGCUAUUAUAAUUGAAACAAAUAAUUAAACACAACAAAUGUCUUCAUUUGGUUGUCAGUGAGCCAACUUUUUCCUGUCUAAUAGCAAGAUCAAGACGUAGACCAAAUAUUGUUUCAUUGUUAUCAUGAACAAAAGAAUAAAAAAAAUAUUUUACUUUUUAA